GCUCGCGCAAUCCGGUGGACGAUGGCGGCAACCGACGUGGCCUUCUACCUUGUCGUCUCCAAUAUCGCGGGGCGCAAGAACCUCGGGACGUAUCUCCGCACGGCGACGGCCUUUGGCGUCCGGCAGCUCAUCAUCGUCGGCUCGGACCGCUUCGGGACGCACGGCGCCCACAACGCCCACAAGUACGUCGAUGUCGUGCUCAUGCACACGUUUGCCGACGCUGCAGCGUACCUCGCGUCGCUGCACUGCGCGUCAGUACUCGGCCUCCAGCCGCCCGCCCACGAAUUGCCCUCCACCUGCAUUGACGAUGCAGUCUUCAUGGGCCCGACGGCCUUUGUCUUGGGCAACGAAGGCGGCGGCCUCUCGGAGGACCAGCGCGCGAUCUGCACCGGAUUCCUCCGCGUCGACCACUACCCGACGCUGGCACCGACCGUGCCGUUCAGCAUCGACCUUACCGUGCAGCUAGCGAUCGUCCUGCAGACGUUCACGAGCAGCACCAACGUGUACGUCGAGCGCGCGAUCCAGGACACGUCGACGCGCGGCAAGUUUGAGCUCAGCGAGCUCGCUCCGACGACGCCUGCGCAAAAGCAGCAGAUCGUCGCCGCGCGCCUCGCCAAGAAGGCGCAGGUCGAGAGCGUCAUGGACGGCGCGCUCUCCUUUGACGCGAUGCUCGACGACUACUAGUGCAACGGCCUCCUCCUUCCUCUUUGACUUCUCGGCUAUUGAAAAGGCGUCAAUUAUUGUGGAAUAAAUAGUACGUGGCAAUCAGA